UUAUGCCAGUCUCAUUUUAUUUGGCCAGUUGAGUUUCACGUCAGACGGUUAGAUGAUAUCACCGUUACGUACUUGAGAAUACAGAGGAGAGCAGCGUAUACCUCGCUAGGUAUAAUACGGAUUCUAGUAUAUAUGUAUAUACAUAUAUCCACAGUAGCAUAGCAAAGCACAGAGUUGAGUGGAGUGACCAUGCUGCGUCGGUGGAUAUAGUCUAGUGUAGCAUGAGGAGCUGAACUGAGCCCAAGGUCCGCGAGGACCUGCUAAAAUGACUGCGCGUCUCCACUCUUUGAGGCACCAGGACAAAAAAUCAACGGGUACCGGACACAGACAGCAGCAGCAACAACAACAACAACAGCAUCAGCAACCGCAGCAACAACAAGUCGCGCCUCAAGCACCAAGUCCGGCUCCAAGUCCGAGUCUCAGUCCGAGCCCGAAUCCGAAGCACUCAGACGGCCGCCGCGCAAACAAACCACUGAUGGAGAAACGAAGACGUGCGAGAAUAAAUCAAUCACUUGCCGCACUCAAGGCAUUGAUACUUGAUAGCGCGAGGCUAGAGAACACAAAGCACAGUAAGCUUGAGAAAGCAGACAUACUCGAAUUGACAGUACGACAUCUCCAGAGACAGAGAACUUUAGCGCAGCCGGGAUUGUCGAGGUACAAGGCCGGCUACCAAGACUGCUCACGCGAGGUGGGUCGUUAUCUGGAUGCACCCGACAUAAUAACCGGCAAUACAACACCUAUGGAUCCGGCAGUAAAACAAAGGCUACUGCGUCAUCUGGACAGUUGUGUAUCUGAAUUGGAUUUAGAUCUUGGGUCAAGACCAGACAGCGGUCUCGGUAGUAGUCCUGGUAGUGUAACAGACCGCGUAACAGGUGCCGCGAGUCCGAGUGGGCUUGAUCAUCACCACCACCAUCAAAACCAUCCAGUGGCACCGCACUGCAGCAGCAAUGCCGCACCGACAUCUUUCAAUCCCAGUUUAAUUAAAACGGAGAUACCGGAUAUGAUGGACACACCCACGCCUAUGGCACGGCCCGACAGCAGUACAACCGCUGGUGAUGAAAAUAACAACAGCAGGCCAACAUCCGCGUUCAGUCAAGUUCCGACGGCACUGGAUCAUCAUCAUCCAGCAGGUACGGGUAUACCCGUUGUCGACCAAGCCUCGACGUCGGGACAAAAUCCAAAUAUGUUGUCUGUUGUCCAAGUAAUACCAUCGAGAUUACCAGACGGUCAAGUUGUUUUUUUGCUACCAAGUCAUUACGUACAAUUGGCCGCUGCUGCUGCUGCCAACGGAAUUAGCAUCGGGCCUAAUCCGCCUACAGCUAUUUGGGCAGCAACUAAUAUGUCCCUAUUAAAAGCCACUGAUAAAUUGGCUAAACGAUCCCAUCAAGAUAUAUCACCCCAAGAUUGGAGCAAUGACGGACCGAAACCGACAAAAAGUCCGCGCAUGGAACAGCCAGAGCAGCCGCUCGACUUUACCACGACUUCAAAAAAAAUAAAAACUUUCAAGCCACCGCUAGAUAAUAACAACAGCUGUAGCAGUGAGAUCGACGUUGGUCAAGUAAAUGGUAUUGAUGAGCAACACACGUCUAGUCAUCCUGAUACUGACUGCAAUGACGAAAUGGUCACCAUCAUAUCCCCCGAAUCGACCUCGACUAUUUCACAACAGCCAGUUAAAGAUGAAGAGGGCAUGUGGAGGCCGUGGUAAACAAGAGGUUUAUAAAAAAAAUAUACAAUAUAAAAUAAUAAUCAUAAUAAAGAGAUUCAAUUAAACUGAUUGAUUUUAUAUGUGAUGCGCAUUGAUGAUGAGUAUCGUUGGAGCAGCAGCAAUAAAAUACCCAACCGAUAUGAAGAUUCUUUAAUGUCAAUGUAUAUUAUGUAUAUGUAUUAAAUAUAUAUUGUAUACAUAUAUUAAUGUAUGUAUGUAUAGUAUAUAGACAAGCAGAGAAUUUAAUUGCCUAAACACAAAGAGCGUCAUAUUGUAUAUAAUAAAAAUUGACACUAAAAAGUAUUUAUCAUGAGAAUAGAUUUAUUUUCACGUUAUCUAGUUAUGUAUAAAAAAAAAAAGAAAGAAAAAAAAAUAAGAGAGCAUGUCCACCCGCGCAGGGUACCCAGAUAUACAUCAGAGUAUUAUUAGUUAUUAUUAUUAUUAUUAAUAUCUAUUAUUACUAUUAUUAUUAAAUGAUAAAAGUUAUAACUGUGCUAUAGAUUCAUAAAUAUAUGAUAGUAAAAUGUGAGACAGAUUGAAUUAACCGGAUCCUCAUAAAUGUAAAAUAAUAAAAAU